GAAGUCGUAGAAACAAGACAGUGAAGGUGCGACCUGCGUCCACAGCGAAUGUCGAUCGCGAAAAGAACGCACCGUCCCAUCCCAUUCUCUCAAGCCGUGUUCUACCAGUGUUUUCCUUGCAUUGGCCCGAACUCUUGCGUCAAUAGGGGGAAAUCGUGUGGCUUAAAUUGUUAUAAACUUGAAGAAAUCCCUGUCGAAGCAUCCGCUGUCAUGGGUCGUAAAGAAGCCGACUGUGAGUGGAAGAAGAACACAGACAACAUCCAGGAGGUGUUUGAAUUCAUGGAGGAGUUGGGAUCGGGGGCCUUCUCAGAGGUCUUCAUGGUGAAAGAGAAGAAGACGGGCAAAAUGUUUGCCAUGAAGUGUGUGAAGAAGAAGACGAAGAGGGACCUCAACCUGGAGAAUGAGAUAGCCGUGUUGAGAAAGAUUAAACAUGAGAAUGUUAUUGGACUGGAGGAUUUCUAUGAAAGUCGGUCUCAUUACUACCUCCUCAUGCAGCUUGUUUCGGGGGGCGAGCUGUUCGAUCGCAUCCUGGACCGGGGCAUGUACUCAGAGCAGGAUGCUAGCAGGGUGAUCAAGCAGGUGCUGGAAGCUGUGAGCUUCCUGCACCAGAACGGGGUGGUGCACAGAGACCUCAAGCCUGAGAACCUCUUGUACUACAGCCAAGAUGAGGACUCCAAGAUCAUGAUCAGCGACUUCGGCCUCUCCAAGAUGGUGGACAACGAUAUCAUGUCCACUGCCUGUGGGACCCCAGGAUAUGUGGCCCCUGAGGUUUUGGCCCAGAAACCCUAUAGCAAGGCCGUUGACUGCUGGUCUAUUGGGGUCAUUACUUACAUCCUGCUCUGUGGAUAUCCUCCAUUUUAUGAAGAAACAGAGACACGGCUCUUCUCUAAGAUCAUGAAGGCCCAGUAUGAGUUUGACGCGCCUUUUUGGGAUGAAAUAUCUGAAUCUGCUAAAGAUUUCAUUCGCAACAUGAUGCAGAAGAAUUCCAGCAUGCGCUACACUGCAGAGCAAGCUCUUAGGCAUCCCUGGAUCAUUGGGAAAACGGCACGGAGUCAGGAUAUCUACUACUCUGUCAGUGUUCAGAUCCAGAAGAACUUUGCCAAAAGCAAGUGGAAGCAAGCCUUCAAUGCCACAGUGGCCAUCAACCACAUGCGGAAGCUGCAGCUGGCUCACUCCGAGCAACAGGUCAGGAUACCAGUGAUCGUUCCAGACAUCAAGGUCGUUGACGUCUCAUCCCCUCCCAAGACCCGCAAGAACUUGAACCCCAACCUCCUAGAGCCCAAGGAGAACACCAUAGGGGACCACAUGGCCCUGCCGCCCAGCUCCAAUGAGCUGAAGAGCCACCACCCCUUGAGGACCAGUCAAAGCGAGCCCCACCACGCCCCAUGUAUCUCUGAGCAGGGCAAGCAUGUCUACCACUCAGAACCUGCCAAUCUUAACGGGUGUGGGAACAGGGGCGUCAACCGCACUGGCAAGACCCUGCAGACUGGUGUGUGCUCUGUCAUGUGAAGGAACUUGGAACUUGGAGCAGUUUGAUUUUACUAGAUCAGUUUCAGUCCACUGACUGAGCUGCUGUGGUUGCUUGGUGUGGGCCUGCCCACAACCUGAGAUUGGCCCGGGUUUCUCAUGAUGGCCCGCCCGGCCAGAGAGUUUCAGAACCAGCAGGAAUUCUGAAGUGUGCCUGCAGAAACCUCAGAGCAACUCAACAAAGCUUGCAUAAACGUACCAACUACAGACAAACACACAAGACCUCUUUCACCAAAAGGUAUUCCACCAUCCAGUUCAUCAACAGAGAGGGAUGAGUGAGCUCACUGCGUACUGAGCCAUGUGUAUAUUUCUUCUAUUCAACGUAAUCUCUGCUGUAACCAAUGGUGUAAGGGACAGCUUGUUUGUAUCGGUAACACAUCAAACAUUAUUGUCUUUGUGUUCAUAUGCUUGUGAAAAGGCACUCACCAAUUGAUUACUGGCAGACCUUGAGUGGGUACAGUGCAGUACAGUAUGCUUUCCAGAGUUUCAUGUGAUAUGAGUCAAAACAAGGAAGAGAAUGUGAUUAGAGAUGUCACAUCCUUGGAAAGUUAUUGAAACAUGCUGGAAAAUAUGGAAAAAUUGUAUGGCCACUGCUGAAAUGCAAUCUAAUUUUGCUCGAAUGGAAUAUUGUAAAACUUUACCCUGUUCAAUGUGCAAUUUAGUCUUUAUGACUAUAUCAUGUCAACUUUUUUUUGUCAAGUUUUGUUUUUAUAAUAUACAUUACAUUUUUGUACUGAAAAUACCGAGCUUUUGACGUGUUCUGAAGAGUAUAUUGCAAUUUCAGCUAAAUAGAAACACCCAUAGUGUUAUUUUCACACUGUUUAAUUAUCCAGCACUGUAAAUAUGAUUUACUAUGUACCAUUAUUGACCUGCCAACUAACCAGGCCUCUCUAUACAAGUGUAAAUAUAAUGAAUCUUAAUGCUAAAAGAGAUUAUGAAGAGAUAUUAGUGAUAUUUCUCAAGUGAUUAGUGGUAUUACUCAAUUAAAUUGAUCAUGUUUCAAUACUUCAAUGCUUCAAUAAAACACAGGAUGAGUUGCUCUGUGUGUCAUGCUCAUUCGUGAUUUGUAUUGAUAAAUUGUUGAACACAUUCAGUCUAAUUUGUGUGUUUGUUAUGGGGUUCCCUUGUAUGUCUUCAUCAAUAAAGCC